AUGAGUAUGGAUUUUGUGUUCGGCCGACCGAAAGAUUCGGAAGGCAACACUAGUACUGUGGUCUUUGUUGACCGUCUGAGCAAGGUGGAUCAUUUAGCGGCUGUGCCGGACAAGAUUGAUGCUGAAGGCACAGCAACGCUGUUUAUCGAUCACUUGUUCUGA